AUGGCUGCCCAUCCGGAGCCAUUCAACUGGCCGGAGAUCUGCUCCCAGCAUGAGAGAGUUCUCUCGUCACAUGUCGACGUGCUCAAGUCUCUUCGGGAGAGUGUCACGUGGGACGAUGAUGCUGUUCGCCUGGUCGCAUCCAUGGUUGAGAGGACGACGAGAUUGAUGGCCCAAUUUCAGGUCGUCAAGAAGCAGCUGGCACAAAAAAACUCAAAUGGGCGAGAUCCGGACCCAUCCGCCAGCAUAGAUUCGCGCAACCCCCGCGACAACCACCCAAAAGAGAGAAAGAAAAGGUCGCGAUCGAGAAUGGCGAUGGGUGAGCUAACACCCCCGUCGAUUACACCUGAACAGCCACAGACGCUGGCUUUGCGUCCUCCAAAGCGAAAGCGCCUAGAUGUGGCCGUGCCUGGUGGUGAUGAGGACGUGCGGAAUGUGAUGCCCGUUUCGGCUGAGACGGAAGACAUCUCGGAGGAGGUGCAACGGCGGCUUGCCAUCAAAGACGAGAAGCGGAAGAAGAGGGACUCCCAGCUCGAAAAGAGGAAACGGGAGAGUUUGGCAUCCAACGGGAGUACCUCGUCUGUGGGGGCUACUACGAAGCCAAAGAAAAGGCGCCGGGUUGUCAAGCCGGAUGCUGAGUCUCCCACUGGCAGUCCCAGCCAUGUCAAAAGAGGUGAUCUUCAUGAUGAAACGGACGAUAAUGGACCGGACGGGAGGGGGCGGGUAAAACGACACAAGCACUCUCUAUAG